UGAGUCUGUGGCUUUUCCCAGGCCACAUCGUUUCAUCAUGUUGUGGAGCACUGUGUACGUGGCUCUUGUGCUCAUCGGAUGCAGCCAGGGAACAGAUUUCCAUCGAGAUGAAAGUAGAGAGGAGGAGCAAACAGAAUUCAAUUUGGCUUCCACAUUGAGGGGCGGCAUAAGCAGCAGUCGUCACCAUCAGCGAUCCAAUCUCAAUUCGCAGCUAUAUCCGGAACGGACUCAGCCAGGUGUGAAUGGUUAUGGAGUGGCGUCUGAUAUAGACGAGCCGAAUGGUCAUGAAAAUGCUGGCACCGUUUUGGAUGUUCGUAGUGGUCAACCUGCUGCUGGCAGAGUCAAUCCACCAAACAGACCAUUUGUUUAUCCCGCUGCAGGAUCCCCACCAGCCGGUUAUCCUAGUCCGGGUGGAGUAGCUCAUCCAGUUGCUUAUCCUGCAUCGGGUGAAUUACCUCAACCAGCAGCAUAUCCAACUCCAUCAGGCAUCAAUGCUGCACCCAUAGGCCAUUUCGGAGGUUAUCCUGCCCCCUAUCCCACUGGUUAUCCAGGCUACUAUUAUCCUGGAGCAUACUUGCCGCAAUAUCCGACUUAUCAACAGCCAGCGCCUUUGCCAGCCUAUGGGCCAUCGGCUCCUGGAGCCGUAGUCCAUCCAGCUACACCAAUAAGCUAUCAAAACCAGCAACAUUAUCCACCACAUAAUGUCAAUGAUCGGGAUCACUGGGACCAUAGGUUCAGCAUGAACACCGAAUACAAAGAAGACGGCGUACACAAAGGUCCAUUCGGAGUGCUCAACAAUCACAAUGCCUUUGGCUAUGGCAGUGGCUACGGGGGCGGCUACAAUGGCCACUUCAAUUCGCCCGGUCUAUAAGUUAGUCAUAAGCUCGACAGCUGGUUACCAGUGACCACCACUGGCUGAUCUUGGUCAAUAAACUUGAUUUCUGCACGCCCAACCAAAGUAA